AUGGCAGAACGAAAGAUCCAAAUCGUGAAAAUAACCCACGUGUACUACAAGUACCCAGACCUAGACAAGGCGAUAACCUUCCUGAAGGACUUUGGCUUCACUGAAGAAAAGAGAGUGUCGGACGAAAAGGUUUACUUCCGAGGGUACGGAACAGAUCCAUGGGUACUGUGCGCCACCAAGUCAGAUAAGCCCGAAUUUGGAGGCGCGGCCUUCGUCGUCGAAUCGGAAGACGACCUAAAACUCGCGGCUGAGACAAUUCCAAAAGCGACCAAAAUUUACGAGCUCACAGAUGCCCCGGGUGGCGGCAAGGGUGUCACAUUCUACGAUCCAGUCGAUGGGUACCCAUUUCAUCUCGUGUGGGGCCAGACACCUGCUCCGAUGCUAGAUAUUCCCCUCCCACACGAACCCGUGAACUAUCCAACCGAGAAGAACAGACCUGUGAACAAGUUCCAGCGAUUUCAGAAGCGGCCUGCUCCCGUACACAAGUUAGGCCAUUUCGGCGUGAGGACGACGAAUUUCGCCAAGGCCUACGAAUUCUACUCCAAGUACUUUAACUUCUUGGCUAGCGAUCUCAUCCACGAUGACAAGAAAAUCGACCGAACGGUGUUCUACCGGCUGAACAGGGGCGACGAGGAAGUAGACCACCACGUCUUCUUCUUCGCCGAGGGAGCCACCUACAGAGUCCACCACUCCUCGUUCGAGACGCACGACUUCGACACCCAAGUCCUCGGCCACGACUGGCUGAGGGAGAAGGGCUAUAAGAACUGCUGGGGCGUUGGGCGACACGUCCUUGGUAGCCAGAUCUUCGACUACUGGUAUGACCCGUUCGGAUUCAUCAUGGAGCACUACGUCGACGGCGACCUGGUCGAUGCCUCUGAGCCGACGCAUAUCUCGCAGGCUGGGCCGGGUAGUCUGCACGUGUGGGGUCCCGCUGUUCCUGGAGAGUUCUUACCAAAGGAUUGA